UGCCUCUUCGCUCCAUUCUGUCUCCACCGUUUGGACCGAGGGAAUCACUUUUGGUCCCAGCACCACUGUCUCUCGUCUCUGCAGUGGCCCUUCUCGGUGAUAUGAGAGCUAAUAUAGACGAAUCCGUGUGCCAUAGGCGUCAGAUCUUCUUGCCAAAACUGGAUCUCUAUGCAUUACUGUGAUCGUUGAGAAUAAAACGCAAGAAAGCGCGGCGCUGCGCGGAAUUACAGCGGACAUGAUGGGGAGAUUCAAGCACAUCUUGCUGCUUUUCGCAUCUUUACUUGCCGCAGCUCACGGUCAAACUUGUGGCGGCCUGGUACAGGGCCUCAAUGGAACUAUAGAGAGUCCUGGCUUUCCCCACGGCUACCCAAACUACGCCAACUGUACCUGGAUCAUAGUGACAGGAGAGCGGAACAGAAUACAGUUGUCGUUUCACACCUUCGCUCUGGAGGAGGACUUUGACAUUGUCUCCAUCUAUGAUGGACAACCGCAGCCGGGCAACCUGAAGAUGAGGUUGUCUGGCUUCAUGUUGCCAUCACCCAUCGUAAGUUCUGGGUCAAUAUUGGCACUGUGGUUUACUACAGACUUCGCCGUUAGUGCCCAAGGAUUUAAAGCAAUCUAUGAAGUGCUACCCAGUCACACCUGUGGAAAUCCAGGGCAGAUACCGAGAGGAAUCAUCCACGGGUCCAGGUACAAUGUUGGUGACAAGAUCCGCUACAGCUGCGUGAUGGGAUACGUUUUGGAGGGGCACGCCGUUCUCACGUGUAUAGUGAGCCCGGGAAGUGGUGCAUCGUGGGAUUUCCCAGCACCAUUUUGUAGAGCUGAAGGAGCAUGUGGUGGGACAUUAAGAGGAACAACGGGGACGAUAUCAAGUCCUCACUUUCCUUCGGAGUAUGAUAACAAUGCCGACUGCACGUGGAGUAUUCUUGCUGAGCCAGGAGACACCAUCGCUCUGGUCUUCACGGACUUCCAGCUGGAGGACAGAUAUGACUUUCUAGAGAUCAGUGGCACAGAAGCCCCUUCAAUAUGGCUAACAGGAAUGAAUCUGCCGUCUCCCGUCAUCAGCAGCAAGAACUGGCUGCGGCUUCACUUCACAUCAGACAGCAACCAUCGGAGGAAAGGAUUUAGUGCCCAGUAUCAAGUGAAGAAAGCCAUCGAGCUGAAAUCCAGAGGGGUGAAAAUGUUGCCGAAUAAGGAUACGAGUCACAAAAACACAGUCCUAAGCCAAGGGGGAAUGGCGGCGGAUAUCUGCCCCGAUCCAGGGAUUCCUGAAAAUGGGAAAAGAAUUGGCUCCAGCUUCCAGGUCGGAGCCAGCAUCCAGUUUUCCUGCGACGACAGCUACGUGCUGCAGGGAUCAAAGAGCAUCACUUGCCAGAGAGUGACAGAGACUCUAGCGGCCUGGAGUGACCACAGGCCUAUCUGUCGGACAAGAACAUGUGGCUCUAAUUUGCGAGGCCCUAAAGGCGUGAUAACAUCUCCAAACUACCCUGUCCAGUACGAGAAUAAUGCACACUGCGUGUGGGUCAUAACAGCGAUGGAUCCUGAGAAGGUCAUCAAGCUGGCUUUUGAAGAGUUUGAUCUCGAGCGGGCGUAUGACACAUUAACUGUCGGCGACGGUGGCAAGAUAGGGGAUGCUCGAAGAGUCCUUUAUGUUCUUACUGGCUCCAGCGUGCCAGAUUUGAUUGUCAGUAUGAGCAACCAGAUGUGGCUUCAUCUGCAGUCCGACGACACCAUCGGAUCGCAGGGUUUUAAAGCCAUAUAUGAAGAGAUCGACAAAGGUGGAUGUGGAGAUCCAGGCAUCCCUGCAUACGGAAAGCGAACCGGAGAGCGUUUUUUACACGGCGAUGUGCUGACCUUUGAGUGUCAGGCUGCUUUUGAAUUGGUGGGGGAGAGGACGAUAUCGUGCCAGCAAAAUAACCAGUGGUCCGGAAACAAACCCAGCUGCAUCUUCUCCUGCUUCUUCAAUUUCACCACCCCGUCAGGCACCAUCCUCUCGCCCAACUACCCGGAGGAAUACGGAAACAACAUGAACUGCGUGUGGCUCAUUAUAGCCGAGCCGGGCAGUCGGAUCCAUCUCAUUUUCAGCGACUUUGAGCUGGAGCCUCAGUUCGACUAUCUCAUUGUCAAAGACGAUGGGAUGCCGGAACCCACCACGUUUGGGACGUUCUCCGGCAAGGAUGUGCCGUCGCAGAUCGCUAGUAAUGGACAUAUUAUGCGCCUGGAGUUCCAAUCUGACCACUCCAACACUGGGAAAGGAUUUAAUAUCACCUACACAACGUUUGGUCAGAACGAGUGUCACGACCCCGGCAUUCCCAUCAAUGGCCAGCGCUUCGGGGAGCACUUCUUAUUGGGCAGCUCGGUGCUGUUCACGUGUGAUGAGGGCUUCAUCAAAACGCACGGGUCAGAAUCCAUCACCUGCGUCAUCCAGGACGGGAACGUGGUGUGGAACGCGGCCGUCCCUCGUUGUGAAGCUCCAUGUGGCGGACGUCUUACGGCCCCGGUGGGGGUUUUACUAUCCCCUGGCUGGCCUGGAUACUACAAAGACUCCCUCAACUGCGAAUGGGUGAUUGAGGCAAGAAAGGAUCACGCCAUCAAGAUCUCAUUUGACAGGUUUCAGACGGAGGUUAAUUACGACACGCUGGAGAUUCGGGACGGGCCCUCCAGCUCGUCUCCUCUCAUCGGCGAGUACCACGGCACCCAGGCGCCACACUUUCUCAUCAGCACUGGCAAUUACAUGUACCUGCUCUUCAGCACCGACAACAGCCGCUCUAGCGAAGGCUUUCAGAUCCGCUACGAAAGCGUUAUGAUGGAAACAGAUUCCUGUUUAGAUCCGGGGAUCCCGGUGAAUGGGAAGAGGCACGGGAAUAAUUUCGCCAUCGGCUCUAGGGUGAUGUUCAGCUGCGAUCAGGGUUACACUCUGAGCGAUGAGGAGCCCAUUGUGUGUGAGAGGAGCCAUCAGUGGAACCACGCGCUGCCCAGCUGUGAUGCUUUGUGCGGGGGCUAUAUCUACGGAAAAACCGGCACGGUUCUCUCCCCUGGUUUCCCGGAUUUCUACCCAAACUCCUUAAACUGCACGUGGACGAUAGAAGUGUCUCAUGGCAAAGGGGUGCAGCUCCUCUUCCACACGUUCCACCUGGAGGACUCCCACGAUUACUUGCUCAUUACCGAGGACGGCAGCUUCACCGAGCCGGUGGCCAGGCUCACGGGCUCCGUACUGCCUCCCGCCAUCAAAGCCGGCCUGUUCGGCAACUUCAUCGUCCAGCUCCGCUUCGUCUCCGACUUCUCCAUGUCGUACGAGGGCUUCAAUAUCACCUUCUCUGAGUACAGCCUGGAGCCGUGCGAGGACCCGGGAGUGCCGGCGUACAGCAGGAGAGUGGGCUUUCAGUUCGGAGUGGGCGACUCGCUGGUCUUUUCCUGUUUCUCUGGCUACCGUCUGGAGGGUGAGAGUAAGAUCAUCUGCUUGGGCGGAGGGCGGAGGGUGUGGAGCGCGGCCCUGCCCAGGUGCGUAGCCGAGUGUGGAGCCACCUCAGUGGGCCGUCAGGGUGUCCUACUGUCACCAAAUUACCCCGCCAAUUACGACAAUAACCACGAGUGCAUCUACCACGUUGAGACCGAAAGAGGCAAGGGGAUCCAGAUCACAGCGACCACCUUCCAGCUCCACGAGGGAGAUUUUCUCAAGGUUUAUGACGGUCAGGAUAGUUCAUCAAGACUGCUGGGCAAUUUCACAAAAAACGAAAUGUCUGACAUCAUCCUCAACAGUACGUCCAACCAUCUCAGGAUGGAGUUCAACAGCAACGGCACCGGUGCAAGCAAAGGAUUCAAGCUGUCAUACAGCAGUUUUGACCUUGUCAGAUGUGAGGAGCCGGGCACUCCUAAUUAUGGCUACAAAAUCCAAGACGACGGCCAUUUUGCAGACACCUUUGUGUUGUACAGUUGCAAUCCCGGAUACACGCUGCACGGGAGCAGCACGUUGAUGUGUCUCAGCGGAGACCGCAGGGUAUGGGAUAGAACGCUUCCAACUUGUGUUGCCGAGUGUGGAGGACACAUUAGCGGUGCCACAUCUGGACGGAUCCUAUCUCCUGGUUACCCGGCCCCCUACGACAACAAUCUUCACUGCACGUGGUCCAUCGAGGCAGACAUGGGCAAAACCAUCAGCCUCCACUUCAUAGUGUUUGACACAGAAGUGGAUCAUGACAUCCUGAAGGUCUGGGAUGGACCAACAGAGAGCGGCAUUCUGCUGAAAGAGUGGAGCGGUUCUCUGUUACCCGAGGACACUCACAGUACAUUCAACAUCCUCACACUGCAGUUUGACAGCGAUUACUUUAUCAGCAAGUCUGGUUUCUCCAUCCAGUUCUCUACUACAGUGGCCACAACCUGCAACGACCCGGGGACCCCUCAGAACGGUACACGCUACGGCGACAGCAGGGAGCCGGGCGACACCAUUUCCUUUCAGUGUGACCCCGGGUACCAGAUCCAGGGCGUGUCUGAAAUCACAUGCGUUCAGCUCGACAACCGCUUUUACUGGCAGCCAGACCCCCCCACCUGCAUUGCUACCUGCGGAGGCAAUGUGACAGGGCCUGCUGGGGUAAUUCUAUCACCCAACUAUCCUCAACCCUACCCACCAGGAAAAGAGUGUGACUGGCGGAUAAAAGUCAACCCUGACUUUGUCAUAGCUUUAAUCUUCAAAAGUUUUAAUAUGGAGCCCAGUUAUGACUUCCUGCACAUCUAUGAGGGCGAGGACUCCAACGGGCCUCUGAUCAUCAGUCUGCAGGGGAACCAGGUCCCCGAUCGCAUUGAGAGCAGCGGAAACAGCCUGUUCCUGGCCUUCCGCAGCGACGCCUCACUGGGGAUGUCUGGUUUCGCCAUCGACUAUAAAGAAAAGCCACGAGAAGCCUGCUUUGACCCUGGAAACAUCAUGAACGGGACUAGGCUGGGAAUGGACUACAAGCUGGGAUCGACCGUGACCUAUCAGUGUGAGUCGGGUUACACCAUUGCUGGGCCUCCCACUCUCACCUGCAUCAUUGGGAGUGAUGGGAAACCGGUAUGGGACAAACCUCUGCCUACAUGUAAAGCACCAUGUGGUGGGCAGUACAGUGGAUCAGAGGGGGUGGUUUUAUCCCCAAAUUACCCCCUCAACUACACUACAGGCCAGAUGUGCUCCUACUACAUUACAGUGUCUGCAGAGUUUGUGGUGUUUGGGCAAUUUGCCUAUUUCCAGACAGCCAUGAACGACUCCGUUGAGCUGUUUGAUGGGCCCAAUCACAAUUCCAGGCUGCUAAGCUCACUGGCUGGCUCUCAUUCCGGGGAAACGUUGCCCUUGGCCACCUCUAACCAAAUCAUGCUGAGGUUCAGCGCAAAAAACGGCCCGUCCGCCAAAGGUUUCCAUUUUGUUUACCAAGCCGUCCCACGUACCAGCGAUACCCAAUGCAGCUCCAUUCCAGAUCCCAGAUACGGCAGGCGGAUCGGCUCGGAGUUCUCCGCUGGCUCCAUUGUUCGUUUCGAGUGCAACCCGGGGUACCUUCUCCAGGGAUCCAAAGCCAUCAAGUGCCACGCCGUCCCUAAUGCACUUGCACAAUGGAAUGACACUAUCCCGAAUUGUAUAGUUCCAUGCAGCGGGAAUCUGACAGAAAGGAGAGGCACCAUCCUCUCCCCCGGCUUCCCGGAGCCUUAUGGGAACAGCCUGAACUGUGUGUGGAAGAUCGCUGUUACUGAAGGUGCCGGCAUCCAGAUUCAAGUCAUGAGCUUUGCCACCGAACAUAACUGGGACUCAUUAGAAAUCUACGACGGUGGGGAUAUGACCGCUCCAAAGCUUGGGAGCUUUUCCGGUACAACGGCUCCAGCCUUGUUGAACAGCACCUCCAACCAGCUUUACCUGCACUUCCAUACAGAUAUCAGUGUCGUCGCCGCUGGAUUUCACCUCGAGUACAAAACUGUGGGUCUGACCACCUGCCCAGAACCCGUAGUCCCUGCCAACGGCAUCAAGCAUGGUGACAGGUAUAUGGUGAAUGAAGUUGUAUCGUUCAGCUGUGAGCCGGGAUAUGUGCUUCAGGGGCAUUCUCACAUAACAUGUAUGCCCGGAACCGUGCGACGAUGGAACUACCCCCCUCCGCUUUGUAUCGCAAAGUGCGGAGGAACCCUGCACGAGAUGACUAAUGUGAUCCUAAGCCCGGGUUUCCCCGGGAACUACCCCGGAAACUUGGACUGCACCUGGAGGAUAGUGCUACCCAUCGGAUACGGGGCGCACAUCCAGUUCCUCAACUUCACCUCUGAGGACAACCACGAUUUUUUGGAGGUUCGCAAUGGGCCGCACCACAGCAGCUCUCUGAUUGGUCAGUUCAGCGGCAGCCAGCUCCCGCCCCCUCUGCUGAGCAGCACGCACGAAACCGUCAUCCACUUCUACAGCGACCACUCCGAAAACAGACAGGGCUUCAAACUUACUUACCAAGCGUAUGAAUUACACAAUUGUCAAGACCCAUAUCCGUUUCACAAUGGCUACAUCACAAACAGCGAUUUCAACGCGGGCCAGUCCAUAACGUUCGAGUGCUUCCCCGGAUACGUUUUGGUCGGCCAUCCUGUGCUAACGUGCCAGCAUGGAGUCAACCGGAAGUGGAACCACCCGUUCCCUCGCUGCGAAGCUCCCUGUGGCUACAAUGUGACGGCUCCAAACGGCACCAUCUUCUCCCCCGACUACCCAAACGAGUACCCGGACUCUCAGGACUGCACUUGGCUCAUCACCGUGCCCCACGGUCAUGGUGUUUACAUCAACUUCACCCUGCUCCAGACAGAGCCUGUUACCGACUACAUUGCCGUCUGGGACGGCCCAGAGCAGAGUUACCUGCAGCUGGGGAUUUUCAGCGGCAACACGGCCCUGGAGUCAGCCUACAGCACUUUCAACCAGGUUCUUAUCAGGUUCCACAGCGACUUCUCCACCAGUGGAUUCUUUGUCCUCAAUUUCCACGCUUAUCGGCUGAAGAAAUGCUCGCAUCCCCCUUCUGUCGAACAAGCGGAGAUAUUAUUUGAAGACCAGGACUAUGAAAUCGGCGACAUCGUGAGGUACAGAUGCUUUCCUGGAUUCACACUGGCUGGUAGCGAUGAGGUCACCUGUAAGCUGAACUCUCAUCUGCAGUUUGAGGGUCCGUCCCCAACUUGUGACGCUCAGUGUCCUGCCAAUGAAGAGCGAUCUGCUUCCUCUGGGGUGAUCCUGAGUCCCGGCUUUCCAAAAAACUACCCCAAUUCUCAGACCUGCUCUUGGAUCAUCCGAGUUCUGCCCACCUUCACCAUCGCCAUCUAUGUGGAAAUGUUCCAGAGUGAGAAACAGUUUGACGAACUGGAAAUAUUUGAUGGACCAUCUGGACAGAGCCCGCUGUUGGUGGCUUUGAGUGGGAACCAUUCCACGCAAUUGAAUUUCACUAGCAAAACCAAUCAGCUUUACCUCAGAUGGUCAACCGAUCAUGCGACCAGCAAGAAAGGCUUUAAAAUACGCUACACGGCUGCGUACUGCAGUGUGAACGAUCUGCCCAAGAACGGAGGGGUCAACAACAGGGCGAGGGACCGGCCGGGCAGCAGGAUCCAGUAUUACUGCAACUCUGGCUACAGGCUCGUGGGUCACAGAAACGCCACGUGCAGACUGCAUCCCAACGGCCUUUACCAAUGGGACAAUCCUGCUCCACUUUGUCAAGCUGUGUCUUGCGGAGUGCCAGAGUCUCCCGCCAACGGCUCGUUCCACGGCUUCCAAUACACGGUGGGCAGCACGGUGCAGUAUGUGUGCGAGGAUGGCUACAGACCGGACGCGGGCAGCCUCCUCACCGCCGUCUGCCUGGAGGACGGCACCUGGAGCAACGCGGCUCAUCCUCCCUGCUGUUUACCGGUCCAGUGCCCGGACAUUGAGAGCAUGCUUUCUGAACACAUGGUGUGGCGUCUCAUCUCAGGCCAGCUGAAUGAGUUCGGUGCACGAAUAAUGCUGAGCUGCUCCCCUGGCUACUAUCUAGGGGGCAGGAGAACCAUCAAGUGCUUAGCUAAUGCAACCUGGGAAGGGCUGGAGGAGAAGUCCACAUGCAAGAUCAUUUCCUGUGGGGAGCUUCCGUCCCCUCCUAAUGGCAAAAAGAUGGGCACCCUGACUACCUACGGCGCCACAGCUAUCUUCCUCUGUAACACGGGCUACACAUUAGUGGGCUCGCACGUCAGGGAGUGUCAGGCCAACGGUCUGUGGAGUGGAGUCGAGACCAGAUGUCUGGCUGGUCAUUGUGAUUCUCCUGAUCCCAUUGUUAACGGCCACAUCAGCGGUGAUGGGUCCAGUUACAGAGACACGGUUGUUUAUCAAUGCAACCUGGGUUUUCGACUCAUAGGGACGUCGGUUCGAAUCUGCCAACAGGACCACAGGUGGUCAGGGCAAGCCCCAGUGUGUGUUCCUAUAACCUGUGGCCACCCUGGAAACCCUGCAAAUGGCCGAACUAAUGGGAGUGAGUUUAAUCUGAAUGACGUGGUCAACUUCACCUGCAACACGGGCUAUUUGUUGCAUGGUGCCUCCCGAGCUCAGUGUCGCAUGAACGGACAGUGGAGCAACCCCCUGCCCGUGUGCAAAGUGGUAAACUGUUCUGAUCCGGGCUUUGUGGAGAACGCCAUUCGUCACUCUCAACAGCGCUACCCAGAGAGCUUCAACUGCAGAAACACCGUGAUGUAUCACUGCAAGAGGGGCUUCUACCUACUCGGCUCAUCCGUCCUCACCUGCCGGUCAAAUGGUUUCUGGGACAGAUCGCUUCCUAAGUGCCUUUCCAUAUCCUGCGGUGACCCCGGCACGCCGCCGUUCGCUCUCAUGUCAGGCCAGAAGUUCACCUACAGAGCCGUGGUCCAUUACUCGUGCGGUCCGGGCCGAUCUCUGGUGGGGAACGCCACGCGCCAGUGUCUGGAGGAUGGCCGAUGGAGCGGCACACCGCCCUACUGCUCAGGUGAUAAUCCAGGAUUCUGCGGAGAUCCAGGAAUUCCUCCUCGCGGUUCUCGUCUCGGGGAGGAGUUUAGACAUAAAAGCCUUUUAAGGUUUACAUGCGAGGCUGGAUACACGCUGAUCGGCUCAUCCGAGCGCGUCUGCCUGCAGAACGGCUCCUGGAGCGGAACUCAACCCGUCUGCGAAGCUGUGUCCUGUGGAAACCCGGGAACGCCAGCCUACGCCAAGAUCGUCUUCAGCGACGGCAUUCUGUUUUCCAGCUCCGUGACGUACGCCUGCUGGGAGGGCUACAAGACCUCCGGCCUCACUACACGUCACUGCACCACCAACGGCACGUGGACCGGCUCGGCACCCGACUGCAUCGUUAUCAGCUGUGGAGAUUCCGGUCCAAUCGCCAACGGAAUCUACAUGGGAACCGAUUUCACAUAUAACAAAACCGUCCACUAUCGCUGUAACCCCGGGUACGUCAUGGAGCCUCUCGGUUCAUCUGCUCUCCGCUGCGGCAAAGAUGGAACCUGGAACCAGACUAAGCCAAGCUGCAGAGUAAUCAUGUGUGGCCAGCCACCAUCUAUCCGCUACGGGCGAGUGGAGGGUUCUGAUCUUCAGUGGGGGUCCAGCGUGACCUACAGCUGUUUUGAAGGCUACCAGCUAUCUUCACCCGGAAUCGCCACAUGUGAGGGGAACGGCACGUGGCGCGGCGACGUCCCUCAGUGUCUGCCCGUGCUGUGUGGUGAUCCAGGCACCCCCGCUGAGGGUUACAUAGAGGGCCAACAGUUCACCUACAAAUCGGAGGUGUCGUUCUACUGCAGACCCCAGUUUCUGCUGGUGGGCUCCUCCAGAAGAGUGUGUCAAGAGGACGGCUUGUGGAGUGGAAUCCAACCUUCCUGCAUCGAUCCAGCCAACAACGCAUGUAAAGAUCCCGGAACCCCAGCGUAUGGAAUUCCGGUUCAGGCUCAGGGAUUUGAGGUCGGAAGUCAAAUUUUCUUCAGAUGUCGGAAAAAUUAUCACAUACUCGGCUCAACAACGCAAACAUGUUUAGAAAAUUUAACAUGGAGUGGGAUGCAGCCAGAGUGUGUUGCUCAUGCCUGUAGGCAGCCUGAGACGCCGUCUCAUGUAGAUGUGAAGGCUAUAGAUCUGCCCACUAUAGGCUACACCCUCAUGUAUACUUGUCAGGAGGGCUUCUACUUGUCUGGAGGGUCCGAACACAGAACCUGCAAAGCAGACGGGAAGUGGUCCGGCAAACCACCAGUCUGCAAAGUUGGACCAAAAAUAAACAGCAAGUCAAACGAGGACUCCGACCUGCAGAAAAACAAGAUUCGCGUCCCAGCAGAUGUGUUCUCAUUGAACUCUGGUUGGGCUGGAUUUUAUGAGUAUCUGGGCAAGAGACAAGCUGCCACAAUAACAGUCAAUGCAUUCAACGGCACCACCAGCAGAGUGAACGUCACUCUUCUAGAACAGAGCGGCGUACAGAUCAAACUCUCCGGCACUUACAAGAAAGAAGAAAACCAUCUGUUAUUGAAAGUUUACCUGAUGAAAGGGCCAACAGAACAAUAUUUUAGUAAAUUCAAAAACGAUAACUGGGCAAUGGAUGGAUAUGUGACUGCGGAGUCAGAGAAGAAAAUGUUUGUAUACCAAGGCCACAUUCACAGCAAGGAUUUUGGGAAGUUUCAAUUAACAAGACAAGGUCUUAUUACGACAGAUAUGGAUUCAUCUAACCCUUACUACGGCACAAACAGCAGCUCGGUGGCGGCUGCCAUUCUAGUGCCCUUCUUUGCACUCAUAUUGUCAGGCUUUGCCUUCUACCUCUACAAACACAGGGCACUAUCACAAGGCACAGAUGACAAUGAGAGAUCCAAAGACCUGGCCAGCUCCAGAACAAGACCAAAAGUUCAGUACAAUGGAUACGCCGGUCACGAGAACACAAACGGUCAAGCUUCAUUUGAAAAUCCCAUGUACGAUACAAACAUGAAGCCGACCGAGGCGAAGGCUGUGAGGUUUGACACCACGCUCAAUACAGUCUGCACAGUAGUAUAGCCUUCAUUGUUAGCUGUGGGCCGGCACCCUGCUGUGCCUCAUGGGUAAACAGCAGACGGAUGUGUAUUUGUGUGCGUAAGACACCAACACUCCUUUACCACUGACUGCACUUUGCUACAGAUGCCGACUUUUAUCACAAGCUUACAACGGACGUAUAAACUCAAUUGAAAACGAUGACUAUUUUUUACAGAAAAAAAUGAAAAAAAUUGGGAAAAAAAACACAUCAAAGAAAGAAGACUUGACGUUUUCGGCCAGAGCUGAGGCCAACGUUCUUUCUGGGAUCCGUACCGUACGUGGCACUUAAAGGAUGAAGGCUUUCGGCUUUUAUCUCCAGUUUUUUUUUUGUAUGUAUUUCCCCCAUCAAAGAAACUUCCUGGGCAAGAUGAAGUGUCUUUGAACGCCACAAAGUUGUUGACACAAUGUAUUUUCUUCAGUGAAGACAAACCACAAAUCGAGAAAGCAACUGGACUAUUGUGGCUCAGCACACUUAAAGACCUCUCCACCGAGGUGGGGACAAAACGCUACAAGAAGCUAUAAAUGAGACUGCACCUCCGUGUUGCGGAUGGAAACGUCAACCGCCGUGUUGAAAAAAUACGAAAACUUUAUCGCACAAAUUUUGCACUAGUAUGAAAUGGAUAUGAAAUCAGCGUAUCGGAGGAAACGAACAAAUCGAAAAAAUAUAUACAGGGUUUUACUAACCAUAUGUAUAUAAACAUAAACCCAUAUCCAUAGAGAGCAUGAUGUCGUGCUACGGCUAUCAAGAGAAAGACUGAAUUUAUUUUUUGAAAUGAAGUUCUGUUUAUGUUUACAACGUGGUAAAGACACAAUUGAACAUUUCGUUUUGUUACAAUCAGGAUUUUUUUUAAAUGUCACAUCGCACGCGUAUGUUUGCGUUAUUUCUGGCAUGUCUGGUCUAGCAAACGUAACUGCUCGAACAAAUGUCAACUUUAAGUUGGAAAACAUAAUGGCGUUCGCUCAACGUUUUGCUUUCAUUACUUCUAAAAUAUACCUCGUGCAGAAGGACAUGACGUCGAUGGCGCAAAUUUUGAUUUCAUUUCUCAGCCGCGUGUGGAUGCCUAUACAAGAUUGAUCUGAGCCCACAAGUUGAUCCGCAUCUCCCGCGUGUACGAGUCUGAACCAGACCGUCUCUACGUCCAUGCCCACCAUUUCCAUCCGGGAUCAAACUUAAUCUCGAAGAAACACUGCCUUAUUAGAUUCACAAGCAUGACUCGCCCAUACGGUUCCCAGUGACCCAUAUCAUGAGUACAUUAACCUAGUUUUAGAGCGUAGGGCUGCGGAGGUGCAUAUUCACUGUGAUUUAAAUGUCAUGAGCGUGCAUGUGCUGAAACGGUAUGUGCUCCCAUUUUCCCAUAACGUCAACUGCUGUUGCCUGUUUCUCCGAAGCUGUUACCAUAUGCACUUGCGCUCUACAGUACACAUGGAUGGCUUAUAGCAUAAAACGUGCACAAUGACAUCAUUGUAGAUUCGCUAUGGGAUAUCAUUUUCACGUCGAUUGUAUUUUCAAUCACAAGAACGAGUGCGUUUGGUCGCGUCACGCUCUCAGAUCGAAUAGUUUUGUGUGCGUGUCGGAUUAUAGCAGAUAAUCCACAUCUUGCCUUUUCUCAGGCUUGCUGCAAUAACGUUUCUUUGUUUGGUUCGGUUUCGUACAGUUUCGUUUUCUCACAACUGUAAAGUAGUUUCGGGACUGUCGAGCUGUACAACCGCAUUCGACCCGUCCAUUGCGCUAUUCGCCAAUGUCAUCCGAUCAUGUGCUGCUGACUUGAAGUAGGUGCAAAAGAUGUUUUUGUACAGAAAUAUAUUUUUUAUGCAGAAUUUGUAAAAUUAUUAAAUAUGCUGUACUUUUAUGAGGUAAAAUUGUAGGUAAAAUUGUUCAAAUAAAUGUUUUUACUGUACAAAAAUGUAAAUUAAUUGUUUAUCUACCCAUAAGUAUAUAUAUCUAUGGUUUCAAAUUUUCCAACAAAUGUCAAUAUGUACGAGCUUUUAUGAAAUAUUCGGCUCGUACGUGUUCUUUGACGUGAGAAAAAUGAUGACCCUAGACAACUGUACUGCAGAUUGUUAAAUGACAAAUAUUUUGAAAAGUAUUAUUU